GUCAAGGGACUUUGAGGCACAAAACAGAUGGAUAAAAACUGAACUAAAAGGAACAGUGCACAGUAUUAUAUUUACAGUAGGGGCCGAUUUUAAUUUAUCUUGUAAUAAAUACUGUACAUAAAGUUUGGGAUCAUAUAGAGAGGACUAAAAAAAAAAGGGCUAGGUUGAUUCAGUACUAAGGCUUCCAUAUUUUAUUUUCAGAAAUAUAUAUAUAUAUUUUUGUAAUAAUAUUUUUUUGUCUUAUUAUACAAUUGGGAUCAUCUUUUUUUUCCUUAAUACUUUAGACUGCAACAUUUUUUUUUUUAUAUAAUGGACUGAUAUUUGAAGUUAGAAUUUGGGUUACCCGUUUACCUGGGGAUGAUGGAACUACCACAGAAUGAGGGAAACGUCAGCGUCUGGAAUGCAACUGAAGAGUCGUUGCUGUGGAGCUCAACGACGAGCGGCAGGGUUUUCAACUGUAGCUCCGUCACACACUCGCACUGCUCCACUCCCGAGAACAUCACCUCCCUGCUGACCAGAGAUGAAGACCUGGCUAAAGUGGAGAUAGCAGUACUGGCCGCUAUCUUAGCUGUGGCUACUACAGGCAACUUGGGGGUGGUCAUAGCCAUGUACAGGAUGAGACAGAAAAUGACAAGGAUGCACCUGUUCAUCCUGCACCUUGGGCUCACAGACCUGGUGGUGGCCCUCUUUCAGGUGUUGCCCCAGAUGAUAUGGGAGGUGACCUACAGGUUUCACGGCACCGAUUUCAUGUGCAGGACGGUCAAGUAUUUCCAAGUCUUGAGCAUGUUCGCCUCCACUUACAUGCUCAUCAUGAUGACUCUGGAUCGCUACAUUGCAGUGUGCCACCCUCUCAAGACCAUCCAGCAGCCUAACAAGCAGGCAUACCUGAUGAUCAGCACCACCUGGGUCAUCAGCUCCAUGUUGAGCAUCCCUCAGGUCUUUAUCUUCUCCCUCAAGGAAGUGGACCAGGGAUCAGGGGUCUAUGACUGCUGGGCGGACUUCAAGUUCAGCUGGGGGGUCCGUGCUUACAUCACUUGGACCACACUGUCCAUCUUUAUCAUCCCCGUGGCCAUCCUCAUCCUGUGCUACAGCCUGAUCUGCUAUGAGAUCUGCAAGAACCUCAGGUGCAAGACCCAGACCCAGAUGUCUUCGGCCAAGGGCGAUGGCUGCCAGAACGGGCUGGUGAUGACCUCCAGGGUGAGCAGCGUGAGGACCAUCUCCCGAGCCAAGAUCCGGACAGUCAAGAUGACCUUCGUCAUUGUCCUUGCCUACAUAGCCUGCUGGGCCCCCUUCUUUAGCGUCCAGAUGUGGUCCGUUUGGGAUGAAAACGCACCCAAAGAAGGCAAGUUCUAUUCUUCGGACUUCGCCUUCACCAUCACCAUGCUCCUGGCCAGCCUGAGCAGCUGUUGCAACCCCUGGAUCUACAUGUUCUUCAGCGGACCCCUGCUGCAGGACCUCACUAAGUACCUCUGCUGCAGGCGGCUCAAACCCAGCCUGAAAAGACAGGGCUCCACUGGAAGCCUUGGCAGCCGAAGAAACACAACUGUGACCAAAGCCAGCCACCGCAGCAUGAACAGCGACGGCAGAACCGGAGCAAAGAGGGGGAACUUUCUGCAGAACUUCAAAGAGUUCUACCCCCCCUAUGACGACACAGUCACCGAAUCCGGGGUGCUUUAAAACAGUGUGGCAUGAGAGAUCUUGAGCGACUGGCCACUAUAUGUGAAACAAAGCCACGAGAAUAUACAUUGGGUAUGUGAAGACAGCUGGGAACAGAUCAGUCUUUGUGGGGAAAUGCCACUGCUGUUUUUUGUAUAUUAUUUUUGAGCAGUGUGUAAAGUUUCAUCUCAUUUCACUCCACUGUGACCGGUGCCAAGUUCACCUCUGAUGGCAAUUGAUCAGUGCAUGAAGGUGGUCAUUUUCUCCUGUGUGUGGUCAUUACACCAGAUGCAUGAACAACAGGCUUUCUGUGUCUAGAGUUAACAUGGACACAAAUCAUGACCACAUAACUAAAUCUGCCCGUUAAAAUUUCAGUUUCUAGUGGUUUCCCAUGGUUUGUAUCCGUGAUUUUACGUUAAUUACGUUACUUAUAUUUAACAUUAAAUUCUAUGAAUAAAGCCAUGCAGAUAAAUAAAAUAAGGAAAUGUAUUAAUAAGUUAUAAAACAUUUCAUUUUAUAUACACCUUUUUUUAGCGGUUGCCUCUGACGAUGGUUCCAGUUGAAUUUGUAGCUGGACUGGGGUGUUUGCGCUUCAACCUGUGUCGCUUCAAAUUUUUCUUAUUCUUACUGUGAUUGGCUGCAAAGACAACAGGACUAGCCAGAGAUUGGACAAUGUUGGUUGGGUUGGUUUUUUUUGUGUACAGUUUCCUACAUUGUAUUCUGGGAGAUGUAGUUGUUAGUGGAAGUUUUAGGGGAAGUUUUUACGCAUUAAAUUCAACUUGAGUAUGUAUUUGGGAUUUUUUAAGGCGGAGGUAUGCAGCUUAUCUGGACCGCUGAAUACACUAUUCAUAUAAUUCUCUUAUGAUACCAGUAAACAGGAAAUCAUACAGGCAAAGCAUGGGGCAAGCUUAAAAUGGUGUCUAACAUGAAGCUGUUUUAAGAAAUCAUUGAGUCUAAUACAUUUAAUUAAAUAUGGAAUGAUUACCAGUAAUUUGAGGGAGGCCCAACAAAUGACAAUGGAUUCAAGAUAUACUAAAAGAAUAGAGCUUUGAAUAGAGGAAACAAUCAAUGCAAGUCUAAAACAGCGAAACUAAUAUUCAGGUCAGGUGCUUGGUGACAGCUUUGAUUAGCUAUUCAACAGGGCCAACAUAUCAACAUUGACAGUUCUGUCACAAAUAUCAACCGUAUUCAGAAUCUACUAUGUGUGAAAAAUGCAGUAGGGCUUGGGUAUGCCUGCAUGCAGUAACCCUCCACAAUAUAGCUCAGGACCCCACUCAGGGUAAUAGAGUUGCCUCACAGGGUAAUGAAAGUUGCUCUUUUGCAAUCACAGGACCACGUGCAAAACGAAAACCAAACUGCUUAUGUUACAGAACUAGCAAGAAGGGGCGUGCCUGAGAUCUCAAAUUAACCUCCAAGUUUGUUUUUUUUAAUUGUAUUUAUUUUGGGGGAAAAAUAAACGGGGUUAACGUUGCUUUGUGAAUAUGGCUGAUAAGAAACUCAGCUUGUCCAAGUUUGCUUUGCUUCUGUAUCACAGUGGAAAGACUCCUAUUGCUGAGCAGUUUCCCCCAUUCCAGGUUUUGAUACAAGCUUGAUCAGCCCCAGUGUACAGCUAACAAGCUCAGGUGUGUAUGAUUAAACUCAUCGUAAAACCAGGAAUGGAUCAAAGUGCUACGCAAUGGGUGUCAUAUUAUUUCCAUCCCUGCAGUUCUAUGAACCAAUACACACUGGUUAUUCACUGCAAUACUGCAUGGCUAAUAUACCAGCAUCAGCGGUUUGCAGCACCAGGGUCACUGUCCCAUGUUGGUUUCAUGUCCAUUGUGUCUGCAGAUGGUUCUGCUGACGAAUCUGGGUAAAAUACGCUGGUAAUAUAAUAAUGUCCAGAACUGUCUUUUUCAAACUGUUUUGUGAAAGUGUAUGUGGCAUGUUAAUUUGAAUGUGUUGCACAUGUUAGUGAAGCACCUGGACCCAGAUCAAAACUGGAGUAAAAACAACACAGAAACCAAUUCUGUGCAUUCGAGGUGCGGUUCAUUGUUGUAAAAGUUACAGAAAAAGUAUAAUUUUUCUACUAUUUAAU